CCCGCUGAUCUGUACCCCUCACGGAGCGAGGCGCGCGUCGACGCCCGGUCUCCGUUCCGCGCUACAAAGCGCGCGCGGAGCUGGAUUGGCUUGGCAGUAGUAGUCGGACCCAACAGCAGGACAACUCGCCAAAAGGGAACAGAGAGCUCAUCUCCCCGUGCCUUUUUGCCUCAUAGUAUCUUUGGUGAUGAAGUUCACAGGAAAUGCCUUUGCAUCGAUGGAGGGUGUACGGAAUAUGAAUCGUUUUUAGGAGAUUCAGUCGUUUUCGUUUGUUUUUUUGUUGUGAAAAGUGCCGUUUUUUGGGUUGGAGAAACCAAACGGGAUAUUAUCGUCUUUGCAACUCUCGUGCGUAAUGUCUGUUCGUGCUUUGUGAAUUUACGCACCGCAGUAAAUAAGAAUUGUACCAGGUUAAUUCUGCAAAUGCGAGGACCUUGGACUGUACAUUCAUCCGGUGGAUACGGGGUCGGUGCUCCAGCCUGGUGGAGGUAGAGAGCCGGUGGUAGUGGCGAAGGAUGAUCUUGACGGUGUUUCACAAGUGGAGGAGCGCGCGUUACUUCUGGAUUAUUUCCACGGUCAUGAUUCUGUUGCCUCUGAUCUGCGUUUUGCAUUCGGCUGCAGCGGCGCCUUCCCUGACGACGGGACAGCUGGACAUCGGGGUGGAUUGGCUGAGCAAGUUUGGCUAUCUCCCGCCCCCGGACCCUGUGACUGGCCAGCUCCAGACCCAGGAAGCCCUGACCAACGCCAUUAAAGCCAUGCAGAAGUUUGGAGGGCUGACAGAGACCGGAGUCCUAGACCAGGCCACGCUGGGCCUGAUGCAGACUCCCAGAUGUUCUCUGCCAGAUGUGUCUGAGCCAGACGGGACGACGGGCCGCAGUCGACGGAGCCUGAAACCCCAGAACAAGUGGACCAAGAGACACCUCUCCUGGAGGGUGAGGACGUUCCCCAAGGAGUCGGCGCUGCUGGGGCGGGACACGGUGCGGGCGCUCAUGCACUACGCGCUGAAGGUGUGGAGCGACAUCGCGCCGCUCAACUUCCACGAGGUGGCGGGCAGCGACGCCGACAUCCAGAUCGACUUCACCAAGGCGGACCACGACGACGGAUACCCCUUCGACGGGCCGGGGGGCACCGUGGCCCACGCCUUCUUCCCCGGCGAGCGCUUCAACGGCCGGCGACACGCACUUUGACGACGACGAGGCCUGGACCUUCAGGUCCCCAGGUGAGCUUGGGUUAGG